ACGAACCGAAAACUAAAAACGAAAGUAAACCUGAAGCUGUCGAUGUUUACUGUGAGAUGAGAGGAGAAGACUUAACUCUGAAAUAAACGAAACUUAACCUCCUUUUUUAAGUGUUUCCGAAGUCCGGAGACAUCAGUGUUUGUCUGCAGACCUUCAGGUGGGACGUGAAGUGUGAGAUGAUGUCUGCGUGGAUCUACAGCCGUUUCUUGCCUCUGAGGGGCCACAGCUCCGGAAUGAGAGGCCUCCCCAACUACCACCUGUCCUGCUGUGUGAACACGUUACUGCAGACCCUCUCUGCUACCUGGGAAAUAGGAGACCUACUCGACAUGUGGGAAGCAGCUGGUGUGAGAGAGGAAAGUCGUAACGUCCCGCUGCAGCUAAAGAGAGUUCUUGCAGCCAUGAAGAGCGACCUCCCGCGGCCUGUUCCCCAUCGUGACUUCCUCCACGCUUUGGACAGGAACUGCAUUCGACUUAACGUGGAGCACGAUGCUGACGAGGUGUUCCUCUCCAUCCUCAACUUCAUCCAGCAGCAGAUGGAUGACAAACCUCUGGCUCUUCAAAUCCAGAAUUUGUUUAAGAUUUCGGUGGAGAAUCACCUGCGGUGCAUGGAGUGUAACUCCGUCCAGACUCUGAAAAGCUACCUGCUCAGCCUGUCGCUGCACGUAAAGGAAGACCACGAUUCUCUGGAAGGCUGCAUGACCUCCUUCUUUAAGCAUCAGGAGCUGACGGGCAUAAACUGCUGCUUUUGUGCUCGCUGUGAAAAGAAGACCCCGUCUAAACAGGGUGUCAAGCUGCUCUCCCUGCCUCCGAUCUUGUGCGUGCAUCUGAAAAGGUUUCGGAAUAGCCGCGGUUUCACCCGAAAGCUUGACUGCAGGGUUACGUUUCCAGAAACCUUUGACUUCUCUGAGACUCUUACGGAUGCGUUCCCCUCAGACUUUGACCAGAAUGACUGCAGGUACACUUUGCAUGCGGUGGUAGUGCACUCUGGAUAUGCAUCUUGUGGACAUUACACUGCCUACGUUCGUGACAGGAGGAACCAGGCCUGGUAUUACGCAGACGACAGCCACGUAGAAGAGGCCUCCUGGGGAGACGUGCAGAGAACAUUUGGAGGAAAUUACAGAAACACAGCAUACAUGUUGAUGUACAGAAGAUGCUCCAAAGAGGAAGGACGACGGCCUGAACUUUCCGGCUGAGUGGAGGGAUGAAAAUCAAUUAUACUGGAGUCAUGGUGCAAUAAUCAAUUAACAUUAACAUUAACAUUUAAUUAUAGGAAAUUUAAGGAAUACAUAAUAGCAUUACAUUAAUUAUUGUGAUUUUAUUGUACUUGGUGAAAGGUAUUGGUGAGUUAUGAGACAGUGGGCCCCCUCUUUGUCUCUUUUUUGUGGGAGUUCUUUUUUCGUUUUGUGUCUUUUGGGGUAUUUAGAUGUUUUU